AAUUAGUACGGGGUGUCUUGGUACGAGAAUGAAAGCGCUGAGGGAAAAUAACUUUUAAAACCCCCCCUAACUAGAAGCCUGAGAAUUCCCAGGACGCUUUACCAGCAUCUUUAGUUAUUGGGAGAUUGGACUUCGAAUUAUAGCUUGCUGGAUUGCAAGGUCGCCGCAGCGGAAGCUGCAGUGGAAACUUCUCUGUCAGACCCAUCGAUUGAAUGACAAGUUCAUCGAGUACGACGUCGAUACGCGUUGGAAUUCGACCCGACGAAUGCUGAGAGAUGGACUGGGUGCAAAGCAACAGAUUCAAAAGUGGACCGACCAUGAAAAACGUCUUCCACCUUUUACGAUCGAAGAUUGGGAUUUUCUUGAGCAAAUUGAGAGCAUCCUUGCAAAGUUUGACGAGUGUACUCUGGUUGUUUCGGAGCGUCCGCCGCGGAUCAGUUUGGCGAUAUCGAUCUACUAUAAGCUGCACGACAUUUUACAUGAUGUCGCUUCUAGAGAAGGAGAGUUUUCAGGUCUUCAUCCGGAUAUUGUGGCAGCUAUGUCCCCAGAUCUACAGAAGUUCCAGGAGUAUUGUGAUCUCAUGGAUGGGCAGGAUACGUACUCGGUCGCUCAAGUGCUUGAUCGGCGGUUCAAAACACUACUACUUGAAAAUGAGUUAGGAGAAGCAACGGCUUAGGAUGUAGUUAAGAACAUAGAAGGCUUGUUACAUGAGUAAUAUUCAUCAACAGCAGAGCAGCCCGUAUCCGCUGAGGGUAAUAGAAGGAAG